GGGACGUGCUGACGUCUCGGUUACGCUGGGCUCAAUGUCACGAUGGCGGCGGCAUGGUUGGGGUCUGCGGAGCGUUAAGCAGCCGCUGUAGUAGGAGCAAGAGCGGCGAUUGAACCCAUUCCGCUGUCCUGGGGUAUUUCAUUCCCCUUCCCCAUCAGGUCAGGCAUCCCCGAUGCAUUUCUCGCUCUUUCUCUCUUCGCAACGCAGACAGUGUCCAUGCGGAAAGACCGUGAGAUGUGAAUUUCGUAACAGCUGCAACGCACGAUAUCUUGGAGUCGCCCCUGAUAGACCCAGCUAACUGAUGUCACUUAGGGAGAUUGCUCCUGAUCCUAAAUCAGGCAUCACUAGGAGUGAGUGGACUCUCUCUGCCCGCCAUCGACAUAUUCGUUAAUAUCGCGAAAAUUCCGCAUUCAGUGCCUUGGAGGUGCUGUAAAUUCCAGUUUGUCACAAUCAAAAUGGCAUUAUUAAAGUACAAGACUGUGCUUUUCACUGUAAGGACUGUUACCUGUAGAACAUGUGGUUGUUUGCAACAAGUACAGCAUUCACUAAAAACAUACUUGCAUGACACAAGAUUUCCAGACAGUCAUGCACCAAAAAAUCAGUCUCUACUCAAGCUUGCAAAAUAUUCGACCUGUUGUGGCAGGACAGAGCGAUAUUUGUCUGCAGUUGCCAGUUCAAUAUACAGAAAAGAACAACAGAGGCCGUUAUCUAGGUUUGACUUUCUGGACAUGGAAGAUAUUGAAGAAAUAAUAACCAAGGCAGAGAAGAGUAGAUAUUUCAGGAGAUUUAUUCUUAAUCCUGAACUGGCAAAUCUCAUUGUGGAAUGUCUUGAUGGCGACCUUUCUGAAAAUAAUGCUCUAAUUUUUGAGUGCAAUCCAGGGCCUGGAGUUUUGACACGUGCACUGCUGAAUGGUGGAGCACAGAGAGUGGUGGCUUUGGAGAGUGACAAGCAGUUUCUCCCUGCAUUGCAGUCCCUAGAAAGACGUUUGCAUGGACAGUUGGAGGUUGUGCAUUGUGAUUUCUUCAAACUUGAUCCAAUUGGUCGUGGCUCUGUGAGACCUCCUGCAAUGUUAUCUGAAAAACUCUUCAAUGAUCUGGGAAUUGCACCAGCUGCCUGGACUGAAGAUAUACCAAUACGAGUAAUUGGAAUCUUACCACAAAAAAAUGAACGAAACGUGCUUUGGAAACACAUUUAUGCUCUGUUUGAGCGGAUUUCGGUAUUUCAACUUGGAAGAAUAGAAAUGAACGUAUUAAUGAGUGAGAAAGAAUACACGAAGCUGACGGCAGAGGCAGGAAACCUGAAACACUAUCAGGCAUUAAGUGCUCUGUACCAGGUGGCAUGUGAAAUACAGUUGUUACACAAGGAACCAUGGUCAUCCUUUGCUACAAAUUCUAAAAAUGGAGGAUGUGCAAUACCACGAAGUUCACUGACAAAUGAUCAUUUGUGUCUUGUGCGACUAACUCCACGCAAAGACUUAUUCAAUCAAACCUUCACAGCUGCCAAUUCAUCUACGCUGGUUCUGAUGCUGAAGCAGUGCCUUACAAAGCGUAAAGCUAAAUUAAUUGACCGACUGGAGUCUUGGUGCCCUGGAAGUGGAGUGAAGUUACUUACGCAGGUGGGUUUAUCAGAGGAUAUUUUAACAGGUGAAGUGCGUCCAGAAGAAUACAAGGAACUCUUUGAAGCAAUGGAGCACUCCCAGGAUUUCAGUCAAAGCUGGCUUUAUGAUGAGGUUUUAGAGAAUAUAAGUUCUACAUUAUCACACAUCUGAAUGCAUAACUUGGGGGGGAUGGGGGAAAAGCGUUGUCCUGCUCCUCAGUCUCUGAGUGCUGUGUGAAUGCUACCCAGAUGCAACUGAAUCCAAAUCACUAGAUAACUUCCAAGUGUUUUUCUGUAUUCCUAAAAGUCUGGUUCAUUAGGAAAUGAUAUUCCAUGUACACUGUCAGUGAAGACUUCAGUCUUGAUGUUGUAGACCGUACUCAUCAAUAUAACCUGCUUAUAAAUGACAAGGAAUGUUAAUCUUGAUAUUGGUCAUUCGAAUUCCUGCACAGAGAUUCUUUGAUAAUUAUGAAGCGAAGUUCAAACUUGAAGAGAACAUAUUGUACAGUAAUACAGAUUGCAGCAAUCGGUGUUGCAUCAAUGUGUCCAAAUGCUGUAUUUUAUUCUAUUUUAUUUUUAUUGAAAUGUACUAAUAUGUAAUGUAAUCCUCAUUAAAUGCUCUUAUUCAGCAUUGAAUUUUUUUCAAAA